AUGAUCGCGUACAGCACUGUGAUCACGCGAGACUCAGUUCUCAGUCACAGGAAGAUUGAGGGCUCUUCAAACCUGCAUCUUUCCAUCUUGGAGCCUCUGUCGAGAGGUCUUGGGAGUCAGGCCAGCAUGUUGGUGGACCAAGGAGCUGCUGUUAAGGACUCAGAGGACACUCCUUUCCCCGACAGCAUUGAGAAACAUAUUGGAAGGACAUCUUCAUCUCUGAAGUAUUCUGAAGUGGAUGACUUGUGUAAGCUACAGAGGAGAUGGGAUGAAGACAAUGAUACUGGUAGACCACUCCAAGGAAGAAAGCAAGUGGAGUCCUUUCGAGGUGAUUUUGGCAAGAGGAACCCUCAUUGUCCGCAUGGUGGAUAUGAGCUUCAGCCUUCACACAUCCAGAAGGAUGGUGGAAAUGUUGACAGGAGGGGUGUCCUGAAGUACCAAGUAAGACAUACUCCCUAUUCUAUGAGAUACGACAAGUGGAGAGUGAAAUGGCAUAAUGAAGGCCAAAUCCGUGUCACUCUGUGGAGCAAUAGAAAGCAUCUCAAGAGAGAGAUGGUGGAGGACAAACAAGAUGGAACCCAGUCUAGUUGGUUCAAGAUCACAAUUCCCUUUGGAAAAAAGUGUGACAAGACCUGGCUAAUGAAUUCAAUCCAGAGCCAUUGCAGUGUCCCCUUCACUCCAGUGGACUUCCACUACACACAGCACAGGGUUCAGAGCUACAAGAUUUGUGAUGAGGAAAACAAAAAGAUACCUAUCUUUGUAGAUACUUCUGCUGUACCUUACUCUGUGCGGGAUAAGUUGGCACCAGAAAAAACGACACAACUAAAGCUGACCAUGAGCAAAAGAUAUGAUGUCUCCCAGAAAGCUCUUGAUCUCCAGAGUCUAUGCUAUGACCCAGACUUGGUGCACCAUGAUAUUGAUAUAAUACUGAAUCACAGAAACUGCAUGACUGCCACUCUGCAGAUCAUCAAAAUGAGUUUCCCUGAGCUGUUGUCCUUGAACUUGCACAACAACAGACUGUUUCAGCUGGAUGGCCUAUCUGAUAUUACACAGAUGGUCCCCACAAUCAGGAUCCUGAACCUGUCCAAAAAUCAACUUAACUCCACCUGGGAGUUGGGGAAGAUCAAAGGCCUGAAGCUCGAAGAGCUGUGGCUGGAAGGGAAUCCCUUGUGUGACACCUUCCCAGACCAAUCCACCUACAAAAGAUCAGUUGCCAUCAGGAAAUGUUUCCCCAAGUUGUUACGCUUGGAUGGCCAGGAUUUAACCCCACCAAUUACUGCUGACAUUGCCAAGCCCAACUUAAAGCCUUACAAAGAAAGCUAUAAAGGACCUGAUGUUGUGAAGAGCCUGAUGCUGCAAUUCCUCCAGCAAUAUUACUUGAUCUAUGACUCUGGAGACAGACAGAGUCUCCUUGGUGCUUAUCACGAUGAGGCCUGUUUCUCCUUAACCAUUCCCUUCAACCCGAAUGAUCCAGAUCCCAGCUUGUUUGAGUACUUCAAAAAUAACAGGAAUAUGAAGAACCUCAAGGACCCCAACCUGCGCUUUCAACUGCUGAAACAUACAAAACGUGAUGUUGUGUGCUCCCUCUGUGUGUUGCCCAAAACUCAGAAUGACUUCAGCUCCUUCAUCUUGGACAUGUGGUUCCUGUCGGAAAGCAUGAUCUUUGUCUGGGUCAGUGGAGUGUUGAAGGAGGUGGAAGGACAGUCUCAGGGUUGUGUGUGUGCCUUCUCCCGAACCUUCAUUGCUACCCCUGCCAGCAGUUCCAGUAUGUACACCUUGAAUGAUGAGCUGUUUGUGAGAGAUGCUACCACCAGGGAGACUCAGAGGACUUUCUCCAUCCCCGUGCUCACAUCCUCCUGCAGUUCUGAGACCACCCUCUCCCAGGAGCAACAAGAUAUGAUGCUGCUUUUCUCUAUCCAGUCUGGCAUGAAACCACAGUGGUCUCAGAAGUGCCUUCAGGACAAUGAGUGGCACUACACCAGAGCUGCUCAGGUCUUCACUAUGCUCAAGAUGAAGGGCAUGAUCCCAGAGGAGGCCUUCAAACAAAUAUCUUAA